UUUGAACGCCCGCCGCUCUGGAGAGAGAGAGAGAGAGAGAGAGAGCGGCGCGAUGGAGAUUGAGGAGGAUAUUUGGGAUUAUAAAUGUGUGGGCCAACUAAAGAGUCCUGGGAAUAACAGAGAGGACGGCAGUCUCCCGACGGCGGUGUCUACCAGGCGGGGGAAAGCCGAGCGGAGAGGGGGGUGCAGAAGGGCGGCUGAUCCGGCGCUGCGGUCCAGGAGGAUUAGGAGCAGGAGGAAGAGAGGCAGCAACCGCCACACUGGGGCUGAGGACCAAGAUUCUCUCUCCCCCCGGCUCCUCAGCCCCUCCGCAUCAAAUGCACACGAUCAAGCCACCCCCAGCACCACUGCUCCUUCAACCCCACUCAAGCAAUCUAAAAACUCUGAUGGAAAAUAUACUCCCAGGAACUCUAAGCCGGUCCACGCUGGCCACUGCCCAAUCUGUCAAAUGCCAUUUUCCUUGCUGCUGAUAGAAACGCCUCGGUGGCAUGUAGCAGAAUGUCUGGAAACACCAGGUUGCACAGAUAACGAAUGUCCAGAUGGCUUGCUUUGUAACAAUACAAUUCCAAGACACUACAAACGUUAUUCCCACUUUCUGCUUGCUGAAAACAGAGCUUUGAGCCAAAAUGACACUCAAUCUACAUUUUGCAGUGCCUUGGAGAAAGACACCCUUACCACUUCACCUGACUUUAACAAUAAUGACCAAUCCUUACAAGGUAGUCAAUCUCUCCAGAUUAAAGAAAGUCUUACAAGCAAAAAGCAAAAUGCCCUACUGCUGCUAAAAUCACCUAAUAGCAAAGUAGUUACACAAAACUCAAGUAAAUUCAAAUUUGUAAAAGGAGCAUCAGAGAUUCUUGCUUCUGGAAGUGUUUCAAAGGAAAUAGUAUCUGCGUCAUCAUCUAGUAACCUUCACAGAAGAUUACAUCGUUCUGCAUCACAAUUAACAACAGAAGUAAAACCUGGGAAUAAUAUAGAUGGAUUGUUUAAAGAGGCAACAAUCAACAAUACACCAAAGGAACUGAAGAGCUUGUCAGAGGAUGAGUCUGCUUUUGCCCUUCCAUCAAAAACCAAUUGUGAUGAUAAUAUCAGUUACUCUCCACUUAGUAGUGAUGAUGAAAUUCCUAACCAAAACUCCAGAUGUUAUCCAAGGAAGCAGUUGUUUCAAGAUCAGACUAUUAAUCAUUGUUAUAACAGUGAAAAUGCUAUGUUUUUUGACUUAAAGCAGCUGCAGAGCAUUAAACAAGAGUUAAGGUGCAAAUCUGGUGUCACCAAGGACAUCGUUAUGCCUGAUGUUUAUGCUCUUGGCAUUGGCCCAGAUUCUGCUCUAUUAACUGAUAGUGUUAAUACUUCAACAGCAAAUGGAAAAGAGGGUGAAACACAAUUACCACAGUCAAAAUCUGAACCAUCAGCAUAUAAGUGGUUUCCAUUAGACAAUGGAAACAAUAAAGAGCUGUAUAAUCAGUUUGAAUCUAAUUUAAUAGGAUCAGCCUUAAUUGAAUUGAAAACAGAAGACUCAAAUUCUAACAGUUUAUUAGCACCUCCACAAAUUAAAGAGGAACCAAGUGCUUCAUCCUAUUUUACUCAGUGUGUUGCUGCAGAAGAACCUUUUGAUUAUCAGAAUAGAAAAGAAAAGAAAGGUAAUUCUAGAUGCCCUAUGGAGACUUCAUUGGCUGAUACUCAGGACUUUGUUUUGCCCAUGUUGAAUAUGGAGAAACAGGGAAGUAUUUUUAAAAAUGUAAAUAGUCCAAAAAGCAGAACAAAGUCUUUUGCAAUGGAAUCACGAAGUUUAUUGGGAAAAGGUUCCAUAAACACCCCCAAGAGGACUGCUAUUAAAAAGGAAUUGAAACAAACUGAUAUUGGAGUUUUCUUUGGACUGCCACCAAAAGUUGAAGAGGAAAAACAAUCUCAGAAAAAUACACCUCCAGGAAAAGCAAUAGAAUUAUUUUCAGAGGUUUCAUAUGUUGCCAAAAGACAAAGGAAGAGGAAGAUAGAUAGCUCUGUCAGUGAUGAAGCUUGCCUAGGAAAUGUAGAAAAAAAACAAAUGGAGGCGAUUGAUGAGCAACAAAGGAGAACUAAAAGACAAAGAGAAAUAAACCCGUAUCGCAAAAAUAAGCAAUGCCCUUUUUACAAGAAAAUCCCAGGAACUAAUUUCACAGUGGAUGCCUUCCAGUAUGAUGUUAUUGAGGGAUGCACUGGCUACUUUCUUACUCAUUUCCAUUCGGAUCAUUAUGGAGGUCUUACCAAGAAAUUUGGAUGCCUCAUUUACUGCAACACAAUAACACGCAAUUUGGUGAUAUCUAAACUUAAAGUACAGGACCAAUGUGUUAUAAGUUUACCGAUGAACACUGAAUGUAUUGUGGAUGGAGUUAAGGUCGUACUUUUGGAUGCAAAUCACUGUCCGGGAGCUGCAAUGCUGCUGUUCCAACUUCCAAAUGGCAAGACCAUAUUGCAUACUGGUGAUUUUCGAGCUAAUUCCUCAAUGGAGCGUUAUUCCCAUCUAAUGGAUCAAAAAAUUCACAUUCUUUAUCUUGAUACCACAUAUUGCAGUCCAGAAUACACCUUUCCUUCUCAACAAGAAGCUAUCCAAUUUGUGGGAAAUAUUGCUUUUGAAACUGUUGCAAUGAACCCUAGGACAUUGAUUGUCUGUGGUACAUACUCAAUUGGAAAAGAGAAGGUUUUCCUCGCCAUAGCACAGGUGCUUGGAUGUAAAGUCUGUAUUACUAAAAAUAAGCUUGACAUUCUACGGUGCUUGAACUCGGAACAGAUAGAUUCUGUGGUCACUUUGGACUGGCAAAGCACUCAAGUUCAUUUAUUGCCAAUGAUGCAGAUUACUUUUAAGAGUUUACAAGCACAUAUGAAUAAAUUUCCAGGACAGUAUGACCAAAUUGUAGCAUUCAAACCAACUGGAUGGACAUACUCGAGCCAGCAUGGUCCAGUUCUUAACAUCAAGCCUCGUGUCCAAGGAAGGAUUGCUAUAUAUGGUGUACCUUAUAGUGAACACAGCAGCUACCUUGAGAUGAAGAGAUUUGUACAAUGGGUCAAACCAGAUAAAAUUAUUCCUACAGUUAAUAAUGGUAGUUGGCAAGAAAGAAAUGUGAUGGAGAAAAUAUUUAAUGAAUGGAUGAUUGAAUCCGUGCAAAAGAAUACUGCGUGAUAAUUAAAAAUGUGUUAAUGAUUUUAUAAAUGGCUAUUUUUGAAUUAAGCAAAAUCUUUUCGAAAGAUGUUUUGCGAUUAUUGAAUGUACAUUGAAAUGUAAGAAUGUAAAUGUAAAGUAAUUAUACCAUAAUAUUUAAAACUACACAGAUUAUUUGGAUAAAAUAUUGACUGCAUUGGAUUGCCUUAUGAUCUGCUGCGAGUGAGUAUGAAUAUCACCAUGUAGGAAGAUUUUAGGGUUGUUAUUUUGUGAGUAGUUGUACUGUACUUGCACAUGAAUUAUGAAAACAGACUAGAUUUGGUUCAAGGUGCAAUACAUUUAUGCAGGUGCAAUACAGGUGCAAGUUCAUUUAUUUUAAUAUGAUUUGAUGAAUAAAGACAUGUGACCUUGAA